UUCAUAUCUCUUCAGCUCAAAAAGUAAAGCUAAACUAAACACCCCUAACUCUGAUACUCUUUGUUCCUGACUUUCUUCAUCGUUCGCAUCUGAUUCCAGAAUUCUGAAAAUCCAAGCAAUUAGCAAUGGCAGACAAGCCAAGUCGAUCGCUGGUGUUAUUCGGCGACGGUUUAGCCCGUUCCAUCGAUCCAUCACACUCUCAUCUUCACUCUCUCGCUUCCCUUUCUUCAUGUGGUUUCUUGUCUCUCCCCAAUUCUCCACCCUCAGAAAGCGAGGAUCAGAGAACUGUUAGAGAAUUCGCUGUGCUUCUUGAUGCGCCAAACGUGAAUGUGCAAGUUUCUGAUGAUGAUAGCCAAAAGGAUUCGCCGGAAAAACAAACCUUACCUGAUCGGUUUAUGGGAAUGAAAGCUGCUAUUUUGACCAACCAUUCAGGUUUGAAAUCUUUUAGUUCCAAACUUGGCUUCAAUGUUCUUCAAUUGGAUGCAUUGGCAAAAGAUUAUGAUGCUGGAUUACAUGAAAAUGAUGUUGUGGCCCUUGAGCUGCUCAAGUUGCUUGGCUUUCAAGAAGGGAAGGUGCAGGACAGUAACAACUUUGAUCUUGUUUUCUUUCACAUUGGAGCUGGUGAAAAGAAUGUGGAGUAUAUCAAUGCAUUGGUUGGUGGUUUAAUGAACCAAGCUCAACCCGGAUCUGACAUCAGUUCUCGUCUGCACUUGUCCCUUGUCAUGAGCUAUGGCAAGGUCUCGGAGGAUGACGAAUCCAAGUUUUCAGUGUCAAAGAGGGCAGAUGAGAAAUCUUAUCUUUCACUGCUCUAUCCUCUACAAAGUUAUGCUAUGAAAGGAGGAUUUCCUCGGAAGGAUGUGAGGCUCCAUUCUCCUAUGUUGAUUGCUCAAUGGCAAGAUGCAGUGACUCGCAAGGAUAAUGCAGAGAGGUUUUAUUUCCAAGACUUCAUGGAGCAUGGUGGAAAUCUUACAAUACCGGCAGAUAGGUUCUUGCAUGAGAUAGCCUUUAAGCUUUGGAAAGCUCCUAAGUAUGGAGCCUAAUUAUUUUUACUUUAUAACUAACUCCUUGUAAGCCUCUUGCUAUAGCAACAGAGCCUAUUUGAACAAAUCCUACACGGUCCAGUGAUGUUAUCAGCAUUCAGCUUGUUUAUUUGGAUUCUUAACUCUUCCUUCUUGUAAUAACUAAUGAGAUUUUGACGAUUGAACUGUAUAACUAUCUUUCUUCUCA